GGGUUGCGUUGUGAUGAGCAUCCACUGCAAGGGCGACCUCUGAAUACUCGCCGGCGUCGAGGAAGAUGGCCAAGCGAGGCGUUGCCCCGGUGCUCGCGGCAGCAUUGGUCGUUACGGCAUUCGCCGCCACCGCUACAAGUGUGCGAGCCAUUGGCGUGUGCUACGGCGUGAUCGGCAGCGGCCUCCCAUCGAAGAGCGACGUCGUGCAGCUCUACAAGUCCAACGGCAUCGCCAACAUGCGCUUCUACUUCGCCGACCAGGAGGUCCUCAACGCCCUGCGCGGCUCGGGCAUCAGCCUCGCCCUCGACGUCGGCAACGACAAGGUCGGCGACCUCGCCAACGACCCCGCCGCCGCCGCGUCCUGGGUGAAGGACAACGUGCAGGCCUACUACCCGGACGUCAGCAUCCGGUACGUCGUCGUCGGAAACGAGGUCGACGGGGCGGCCUCGGUCCUCCAGGCCAUGAAGAACGUCCACGACGCCCUCACGUCGGCCAACCUCGCCGGCAGCAUCAAGGUGUCCACGGCGGUGAAGAUGGACGCGAUCAUCAACUCCUCGCCGCCGUCCAACGGCGCGUUCAAGGACCCCUCCGUGAUGUCGCCGAUCGUGCAGUUCCUCGCCGGCAACGGCGCGCCGCUGCUCGCCAACGUGUACCCCUACUUCGCCUACAAGGACAACCAGAACAUCGACCUCAACUACGCGCUGUUCGAGCCGAGCUCGACGACGGUGGGCGACCCCAACGGGCUCACCUACACGAACCUCUUCGACGCGAUGGUGGACGCCGUCCACGCCGCGCUGGACAAGGUAGGCGGCGGCGGCGUCGACGUCGUGGUGUCGGAGAGCGGGUGGCCGUCGGCCGACGGGAGGGGCGCCACCGUGGACAACGCGAGAACGUACAACCAGAACCUGAUCAACCACGCCGGCAAGGGCACGCCGAGGAAGCCGGGCCCGAUGGAGGUGUACGUGUUCGCCAUGUUCAACGAGGACAACAAGGACGGGGAUCCCACGGAGAAGAAGUUUGGGCUCUUCAACCCGGACAAGACACCAGUCUACCCUAUUAAUUUCUAUCCGAGACCUCACAACAAAUGGUUUGGCGUGUGCUAUGGCAUGAUAGCCAACAACCUCCCGCCGCCAGGCGAGGUCGUGCAGCUCUACAAGUCCAGCGGCAUCAGGAACAUGCGCAUCUACUUCCCCGACAGCCAUGUCAUGGAGGCCCUGAGCGGCUCCGGCAUCGGCCUCAUCCUCGGCGUCGUCAACCAAGACAUCGUCGGCCUCGCCGGCUGCCAAUCGUGCGCCGCGUCCUGGGUCCAGACCAACGUCAGGCCCUACUACCCCGCCGUGAACAUCCUGUACAUCGCCGUCGGCAACGAGGUCUCGGACGGCGCCGCCCAGAGCAUCCUCCCGGCCAUGCGGAACCUGCAAGCCGCCCUGGCCGCCGCCGGCCUCGCCGCCAUCAAGGUGUCCACGUGCGUGAGGCUCGACGUGGUCACCAACACCUUUCCCCCCUCCGCCGGCGUGUUCGCGCAGCCGUACAUGGUGGACAUCGCGCAGUUCCUGGCCGGCGCCGGUGCGUCGCUGCUCGCCAACGUGUACCCCUACUUUGCCUACAGGGGCAGCCCCGGAGACAUCAGCCUCAACUACGCGCUCUUCUUGCCGGGCACGACGGUGAGGGACGGCGGCAACGGGCUGGUGUACACGAACCUCUUCGACGCCAUGGUGGACGCCGUCGUCGCGGCGCUGGAGAAGGCCGGCGCGGCGAGCGUGAGGGUCGUCGUGUCGGAGAGCGGGUGGCCGUCGGCGGGUGGGACGGCGGCGAGCGUGGAGAACGCUCGGACGUACGUCCAGAACCUGAUCGACCAUGCCGCCCAGGGCACGCCCAAGAGGCCCGGGGCGUUGGAGACCUUCGUGUUCGCCAUGUUCAACGAGAACCAGAAGCCGGGGGAACUGACGGAGCAGAACUUCGGGCUCUUCUAUCCUAACAAGUCUCCGGUGUAUCCCAUCAUUUUCCGAUGAUGCACGAGUGUUACU